AUGGAAGUGCAGUGUCCGUUUCAGAUUACCUUACAACAAGUUAAAUUCGACGGAUUUACCGAUUAUUUUUUUGAUAAAUUUGAUGAAUACGGCUGCAAUUUAGCUAUGGUUGACCUGGAAAGUGGUAGACUAUGGAAUUAUUCUGAACUACGAAUCUGUACAGAGAACUGUGCUCAACGACUGCAAGAAAUUGGUGUUGGUCAGAGAACCCGAUGUGCUUUAAUCUGCUCAGUGACGGCGCAGGCAAUUAUUGUAUAUAUUGCAUGCGCAAUGCUGGAUGCGACCGUUAUAUCCGUGAACCCUAGCUUAACAUCAGGAGAAAUAUGGGCUCAACUGGAGAAGAGUCAAGUAGUGUACUGUUUCACCGAAGAAAACAAAUUGUCAAAAUUAAAAAAUGUGAGACGUACUGGGGCUGUUCUCAGUGGCAGACGUAUUUUAUCAGUUCGAUUGUUAGAUGAAAUUUUUGGCAGUGCAAAGUUGUUUAUAAAUCAUGAGAGUUUGGUACCAUCAGGCCAAACUCAAACUAAACUGAAAUUAAAGAAUAAACGACAACUGCACGAAGUAUUCCGCACCGAUUUAUCACUAAGCGAAAGAAGUGAUCAGGAUGAAGGGCAGAUCACAGACUCAGAACCAAAUUCAGUUCUGGCAGCAUCAUUCCAAAAAAGAGCUAUUCAUCUUACAAAAACAGCAAAAUUUCCAAAACCAACUGAAGUAUCACGUUAUUCCCUACUUCAUAACCUCCAACAACUGAGUUGUCCCAUCUUUGGACCACCAUCAGUUGAUGACAAAUGCCUGCUUGCAACAAAUAUCCAUCAUAUCUUUGGGCUUGUAACCGCUUUCUUAGCAUUAAAAAAUGGCGCACAAUUGAUUGUAACACCUGAACAGAACCCACGUCAAGUGAUUGACAUAAUCAAAAAAUGGAAAGUAACAAUGGCUUAUGUCAUCCCAAUUUUCAUACAUCAAUGUUCGAAGGAUAUUAACUUAGAAAAAGAUGGCUUAGAAUCACUAAAAAGCAUUGUUACAAGUGGUGCACCAAUUGGUGAGGCAACUAUGCAGUUAUGCAAAGAACGGUUGAAGCUGCAAGAUCUCCGACAAGCAUAUUCAAUAACAAAAGCUGGUGGAAUUUGUUCUCUUGCACCCUACGGUCAAGAAACAUUGAAAAGUGUUGGUAUACCAAUGCCUGGACUACGUUUUAAGGUGAUGGAUUUCGGAAUGAAAGAAACUUGUAUGCCGAGACAACUUGGCCAAAUUCUUAUCCACCAUUCACAUAUGGAAACACCAGCGCACAAAAAUCCAGAACAAGUUAACGCGACUUUUGUAUCAGAGUUCUUCAAAACAGGUGAUGCAGGUUACUACGACGAAAUGGGAUAUAUUUUUGUAGUAAACAAAAUGAAAGACAUUGUCAGAUGCAAGGAUUUGUUGCUAUGGCCAUCAGAAGUGGAGAGCGCCUUACAUGACCAUCCAGGUAUUGAUGACUGUACAGUUGUGGGGAAGUGGGAAUAUUUAUCUGGGACGGUAGUACCGACUGCCUUCGUUGUCAGAAACGAACUUCAUCAGCAACUAACACGGAACGAACUCAUACGUUAUGUAACCAAUAAGGUACCAAAUUUCGGAAAACUUCAUGGUAUUAUCCAUUUCGUUCCUGAAAUCCCUCGUGGAGUUUGCGGUAAAAUUCUUCGUCCUCAACUGGAUCAAAUAUGGAAUCACGUGAGUGCAAAUUGUCGCAAUGUACCAAAUAGUUUGAAUGACAACAGUAACAAAAAAGUGGUAACAACGAAGCUAAAUAGGACGUUGAACAUAGCUAAUAAACAGUCAGCAACACUUGUUGUAACGCAGAAAGCAGCUACCAGAAAAGCUGUGAACGUCCCCAAAAUGGUAUCUGUUCAUAAGCCUAAUAACACACCAAAAUAA